AUGCACCUCCGCAAAAUCCCCUACUCCCUCGUCUUAACCGACACCGCCGCCAUAGCCGCCAACACCGACUCCUCCAACCCAUCAUCCCGCUCCCAACGCUUCAGCACCGCCCACCACCGUUUCUCAGAAAUAACGCCUGUCGUCCCCUCAAACCCGCACUUCACGCACGAAACACCACCCUGGACACCAUACGGCUACACACUCUGGCACCCGCUCAUCGCAACCUCCCAAAACCUGGCUGAUUACCACAGGAUCCUCAUCCCCAGCUUCCUGUACGAGGAUUUGUUGCAUUGCCACAGCGCGUGGGUAUCCACAUCCCGCAUUCCCGUCUCCCUCCUUACCGACGUCGUCGAAACACUUCUCUGCACCAAAUCAGGCAAGAAACUCGCUGCCCUCCUCGACGGAAAGCGGCAAUGGUUCAUCCGCCUUGAUCAGAUGUCUCCUAAAGACUCGCCUAUGGGAGGAAAACUACCCAGUUCGACAGCCGAAGACGUCAUCACGAAGAUAUGUUCCAGCAUGCGCGCGUACGGCUGUCUGACGCGCGAGUUUGAAGAUGCGAAAAAGCAAAAGAGGGAGAUGGAGAUUAAACUCGUGUUGAAUCCGUGGGAUGAGGGUAUGGAUCCAGCAAAGGAAUUUCGCGUUUUCGUUCCGCCGCCGGCCGCGAAGACGGGACGAGAGGCCAUAGCGGCGGAGUUUGAGGUGGCCGAUGGGGUUUGA